AUGGCAUCCAUGGCAAGAGACAAAACAGGGUCUCUUGUCGCAGCCAAGAAACGGCUAUACACCAACGAGUACAGUAAUACGGAGUACAACUACAAGUACAACCACAAGUACAACCACAAGUACAACUACAAGUACAACUACAAGUACGGUACAACUACAAGUACAACUACGAGUACUUACAACUACAAGUACAACUACAAACUUGGUCUAUUGCGCUUUCCUCACCAACAAGCCGCCACCAACCCACCAGAAACCCACCUCACUCUCACUUUUCUCGAUCGACCAGUUUACUUAUACCUACUUACACCUACCUCUCUGCUGCCCGCCCGCUCCGUCAACAGGCUCGCUGCUUUUCCUGCCUACCGACCUACUUAUUCCUCACCUAUACUUACUUCCCUUCCACCUGCGCCUCGCCGCCGCCGACGCCGCUUCUCCCUCCCUUGCCUCUCGCCCCGUGUCACGCCGCCCUUGUUGCGUGCCCCGUCGAUACCCUCGUCAUCUGUCGUCGGCCAUCGACCUUGCCUCGUGCCUCCCCGCGCCAUCGCCAUCACCACACCCGACGCCGGGUCGAUCGAACCGCUCGCCGCCCCUGCAGUGCCGUCGUGCGCUCGCCACGCCCGCCGCAAACCCCUUGGACCCCCCUGUUCCCCUCGGAGCCAAGACACUCGAUCCCUUGCCGCCGCUCCGCGUCCUUCCCACCCCCUCUCACCACCUCCACCUGUUUCGGGCAUCCUCGUCGCGUGCUGCGACCGUACCAGGGCGCCGGCCAGUCUUCGCGAGCUCAUCCAUGGGUCUGGGCCUCUGUCGGGCGACCUUGCACGACGCGAAGCCGAAGCCGAGCGAGCUCGACACAUCCAUCGCCCAGCCCGGACCUGGCGCCCGGCCGUCGUCGGUCGUCAGAGCGAGCGUGCGUGCCUCCCGGGCCCCGUUGCGAGCGGCCCGCGCACCCGUCACGAGCGAGGCGCAGGCCAGACGCCAAGUCUGGUCUUGGAUGCCAGUCCGAUGGCCGUCAUGGAGGAAUCGGCCGUCUGGAAAGCCCUCCCCGCCGACGAGCAGCGAUCGGUGUGGGACGAAACCGAGGGUAAGUUUUGGCGCGACUUUGAGCAGGAGCAGGAGGCGAUGCGCGUCGCCGCCGACAGCAACUACAAGACUGCCGUCGCCGACGUCAGGCUGAAGCUCGGCACCCUGACGAGGAAGCGUACCCAGCUCGACCAGGCGCGCGAGCGCCUGACCAAGGAGCUGACCCAGGUCGAGGAGGAGCUCGCACACGUCGUUCAGGAUUGCGACGGCAAAGUCACCAUGCUCUCCGGCAUGGAGCAAGAGUUCCGAAAGCAGGAGCACGAGAGGUUGAAGAAGCGGGAGCAGGUCGCCCAGACCAUGGAGGUCUUCUUCUUCAGGAAGCGCGGCGAGGAUGCCGCCGCCGCCGCCGGCUCCACCUGCGGCCAGCGACGACCCCCGCCGCGCCUGGCGCAGUCGUCGAGGCCGAGGCCGUCGUGGCAGGACCAGCUCUUGCAUCCCGAUCCCGCACCCGUCGACGAGGGGCUGCCCAGCCGACCGGCCCCCGGCUCGGCCGCCGCCAAGCUCGCGCCGCCAUCCGUCGACGAGGCCGACGUGCUCGUCAACAUCGUCGACGCCGACGGCAACGUCAUCGGGCCCGUCCGGAAGGUCGACGACUGGAACCAGUGGGUCGCCGAGGUUCAGAGGAUGCCCGUCAGGAGGCCCGUCCGCAUUCGUCGUGGGAGAAAGUUCGGCCAGGAGCACCUGGCCGCCAUCUACGAGCGCGCCGAGAGCAAAGGGGUCAAGUGGCUGUCGUGCAUGAUCCAGGCGACGGGCGAGGUGCAGGCCGAGCGAUGCCAGUCCUGCGACAGGAACCAGGGCGCCUUCGAGGAAUGCGUCAUCCUGGGCGGCCACUUGUUUCAGAAGUGCGGAAACUGCGAGUGGAAUCGACAAGGCUGCCACGCAAAGUCUGGCGGCAACUUCCCGACCGUCCGAGCCGGAUGGGCCAACCGGGACGCCGCGGGGGGGGACGACCGCCUGGCGAGCAUCGAGGCCAGGACGCUCGAGGCUGCCCAGGAGGCGCUCGCCAAGGCCGCCGGCCUCCCCAGACCCGUUGCCGAAGUCGACGUGGCCAUGAGGGAGGAUGGCGUGGAGCCGACCGACGUUGCCGUCCAGCAGCCGCCUCGCAAUAGCCCGGCCAUCCAAGAGGUCAUCCAGAUGCCCACGCCCCAGGAGCCCAAGGAGUAUGCCUCGUCCCACUCGGCGACCGCCACCUCGGCCACGAGCCCGAGCACAGGCUUCGUCGCCGUCAACGACUUCGUCGCCACCAACGGUGCCUCCGCUCCCGUCGUCACCCCCGCCGCCGCCGCCGCCGCUGCCAAAUCUGCUCCCGCCAUCGGCUUCACCCCGGCCAACGCUCGUGGCAAGCAUCCGCUGCCGGACAACCUCACGCCGUCGGUCGCGUCGGCGGAAAACUCUCCUUGGCCUGUCGACGUGACGUCGGCCGCCUCGGAAUCGCCGAUCGAGAUCACGCGCGAAAACCUUGUCCUUCGCCACAACGGCCAUGUGUACACGUACCCCGAGAUCGUCGAGGGCGUCCCGCUUGCCAAGAUCGACAUGAACCACCCCUACUGGGAGCUUGGCUGGCCGUCGCUGAGGUCGGUCAUCGAGCCGCAGCUGGCCUUGUGGAGCGAGAAGAACGCGGCCGCGCUCGAGGCGAGGAACAGAGGCGAAAAGGGCUCGGCCAAGUUCCAAACCGGACGGCAGGUCAACCGCGGCAUCAAGAUCCUCGAAUUUCUCGACAGCGGCGACAUCAGCCCCUACCAGCUGGUGUCGAAGAAGUUCAUGCACACGGGCAAGGGCGCCAUCACCUCGUACGACACUCUCUUCCGCCUGUGCGAAACUCUGUCGGAGCUGGCCAAGUUCAAGAACCUCGGCGUCACGCCUGUCGAGUGGAUUCGCCAUCGCCUGCACGAGAUCAUGAUGGAGACGGGCCCCAAGUUCAACGUGGCCAGGGUCAUCCACGACUUCUACCACGACAAGAAACUCGCAGCACUGCGCGCCAAGAACGGGUUCAAGAGCAUCGGCCGGCCGUCCGGAUACAAGCCAGGCCGGAGCGGCGGCACGCCCGCCGACUCGUCCAAGAAGCGGAAGAGCACCCACUCCUGCCCUGGGACGCCGCACGAUACGCCUUCGCGCGUCCCGUCACCGCUCGCCCCGGAGAGAUUCGAGCAGUCCCCCGUCCCGUCGCGAGACGUGUCCACGGUCGACGUCUCCUUCGACACGUAUCCCAUCAAACGAAUCAAGUGUCCGUCCCCGGCUAGUCAAGGCACCAAGGCCGAAUUGGAAGCCGGCGUCGACUACUCGGAUGCCGAUUCGCGGAGCGGAGCGUCCCUGACCAUGACGGAUUGGCGUGUCUACCAAGUGAAGACGAAGCUCUUCACGAGCUCCACCAGCGUCACCCAGUACUGGAGCUGGAAGGAGCAGGAACGGCUGUUCGAGCAUCAAGUCCUCAAGGACACCGAACCGGUGACGUGGGGCGUUCACCGCAAACCGAUUGACUUCAACGUGCACGCCAAGGACGUCCAUCAGGUCAAGUGGAAUUCGGAUGCGCUGCAGGUGCACCUCGUGAUGGCCACCUCGGGCGCCGAAUCGCGCGGAGACGUCAUGGCCGCCUUCAAGCGGUGGCAUACUCUUCGCAGGUUUGUGACCUUCUGCAGGGAAAAGGGCAUGGAGGUGGUUGAGGUGUCCCCCGACGACAUGGAGGACGCGUGGGCGGCCAUGAAGUCAGAGCAAUCUCACAGGUACGACGAAGAAGCAGCCAAGGAAUUGAAGGGAUAG